GUGUGUGCUUUCUCAUUGUGUGUCGCAUUGUACAAGCCCAGGUACGAGUGCGGUGUAUUAAUGAAGGCUGUAGGAGUGCUAACGCCGCCACAUUUUUUAAAGUACUUGUAACAGGAAGCGGGAUAAUGUUUGGCGUAAAUCUUCUUGACCUAGUAAAACACUGCAGAAACUAUUUCUGUACUUAUUUAUUUAUUGCAUAACGCUGAUCAAACAAGGGCUCCUUUUUUUAACUGUUUGUAUGACAAGAGCAAGGUUUUGGGUGAUGCCUGUAGAAAUAGCGGUAUGAAACCCAGUAAGCAGCUCUGACAGUCCCAGACCUGUUCUGGCCACAACCUAGAUGGCUCUUGGCAGCAGCCUGGGGAGCCACAGCUUGGUAGGAGUGAGCUAUCCUUUAAAAACUACUGAGCUGAAUUAAUUGUUUCCAGCAGCAGCUCUUAAGUUUGGAGAGUUUCUUCAGGGACUCGGCAAGCUGCUGGAUGUGUUUUGUUUUUCUUCUUGAGAAAUUCAGCAUUGUGCACUCGUUUGACCUGGACGAUUUGUAUGUGCUUGGAUCCUCCAAAAACAGGCUAAAAGGUAUCAGGAGUUGAAAUGACAUAGAAAAGUCUUCAAAGAACAGACUGCGAAAUGAACUGCUUCCACUUGACACUGAAAGAAGGCCAGCAAGCUUUAAGCUGAAAACAGUUUUCCAGACUAUGUAGACAGUGUCAUCAAUGAGACUGGAAUUCUCUAUACAUGGAAUUUUUGCGCUUCUGUCACUGUAUCCUGGGGGCAUUUCAUAUUGCUGGCACUGGGAUAGAAGGCACUACCAGUCUAAAGUUGUUGGAUAAACUGAAACUCCAGGAAUGUGAUGAUCUGCUCAUUGGCCAGUUAAGCACAUACAAGGCAACUAAAUAAAGACUGUGGUGUGAGGGUUUUGUCAGAUAAACUGUCCAAAAGAAGUACAUACUCAGAGGCUGUUAUGUUCGAGUGUUGAACUCUGCUUUGUGUGUCCCUCCCUACUACCCCAACACUUCUACAUGUGAAAUGUUUCAGAAGAAGGAGCUGGUGUGGCUUAUUUGUCACUAAACUACAUUGGAUAUAAAAAUGUAAUGCAGGGUGCAGAGGACAGUUCAGCUUGAACAGUCUUACUGCAGCUAUGGGAAAAGCUUCUGUUUUGCAGCAAAAUAUGACACCUGUAGUUUUGCUCAUUGGUCAUCUCAUUCUACUGAUGCCUCUGCUCCGUGCUGAGAAAUGUGUUCUUUGUGAUUACUUUGUGCUUGUUGGAGAGCCUACAGCUAUUCCUUGCCCCAUUAUUACACUGCCAGUGCUUCACUCUGAUUACAAUCUGACAUGGUACAAAAAUGGUAGUGCUACACCAGUAACUACAGAGAGAGAUGCCAGGAUCCACCAGCGAGAGGGCAUGCUUUGGUUUAUUCCUGCAAUGCUGGAAGAUUCUGGCCUUUAUGAAUGCGGUGUAAGGAACCUUAACCAGUCUAACAAAAAAACUAUAAAUUUAACAGUUUUUAAGAACGAUAAUGGCUUGUGUUUUAAUGGAAAAAUGAAGUUUGAACAAAAAGUGAUGAGCACAAAUACUGGAAAGAUUAUAUGUCCUGAUCUAGAACAAUUUAAAGACGAAGACAAUCAUCAGCCUGAAGUAUAUUGGUAUAAGGAGUGUAAGUCUGGAUUUCUUGAAGACAAGCGACUUCUUUUGGCAGAGGGUGAAAGUGCUGUCUUGAUUCGUAACGUAACUGUGCAAGACAGAGGAAACUACACGUGCCGUAUGCUGUACACCUAUAUGGGAAAACAAUAUAAUGUUUCAAGAACCAUAAGUCUAGAGGUUAAAGAAAAACCACCGCAGAUAAAACCAGAGUUUAUUUAUCCGAAGAACAAUACAAUUGAAGUAGAACUUGGCUCUCAUGUAGUUAUGGAAUGUAAUAUAUCAAGUGGCAUAAAUGGCUUAAUUCCAUUCUGGCAAGUUAAUGAUGAGGAUGUUGAUAUCUUUGAUAAAACCUACAGGGAACAGUUUUAUGAAGAGGGGUUGCCUCAUGGACUUGCAGUAUCUGGAACAAAAUUUAACAUUUCAAAAGUGAAAGCAAAGGACUAUGCUCACAAAUUUUUCUGUCACUUCAUAUAUGGUUCUCAGCAGUUUACAGCCUACAUCAAAUUGGAACGCCCAGCUCGAAACAUUCAGGGUUACUUAAUUGGAGGAGGAGUUUCCUUGGUAUUUUUAGUAUGUUUUAUUCUCUUUAUCUACAAGAUCUUCAAAAUUGAUAUUGUGCUUUGGUAUCGGGACUCCUGCCAUCCUUUCCUGGGUAAAAAAGUUUCAGAUGAGAAGAUCUAUGAUGCUUAUGUUCUGUAUCCAAAGAACAGAGAGAGCUGCUUGUACUCAUCAGAUAUUUUUGCUCUGAAAAUAUUGCCAGAGGUCUUAGAAAGACAGUGUGGAUAUAACCUCUUCAUAUUUGGGAGGGAUGAUUUACCAGGAGAAGCUGUGAUCAGUGUUGCUGAUGAAAAAAUCCGUCAAAGUAGAAGAGUGAUAAUUGUUUUAGUACCAGAGCCUUCCUGUUACAGCAUUCUAGAAGAUGUGUCUGAAAAGCAGCUAGCCAUGUAUAAUGCUCUUAUCCAAGGUGGCAUUAAAGUAAUUCUCAUUGAACUUGAAAAAAUACAAGAUUAUGCAACCAUGCCGGAAUCCAUCAGAUAUAUCAAGCAAAAGCAUGGGGCUAUCCGAUGGAAAGGGGACUUCUCAGAAAGGUCUCACUCAGCAGGUACCAGAUUCUGGAAAAAAGUGCGCUACCACAUGCCAUCCAGAAAAAGUGGAUCUUCAUCAGGAUUGCAUUUGUUACCAAAGGACUUGAACUCGCCUUAAAUAAAAAAAGAGAAAUGACACUUAAUGACCAAUUCAGUUCACAUAGUUGGUGAUGGAUUGACUGAAGGUCAUGUGUCUGCUUCAUGCAAUCUUAUCCAGAUUUUCUUAAGUGAAGGUACUUCAGCUUUAUCUACAGAUGUGAAUCUUUUUUUCUUCUGGCUGGGUCAACAGGAAAAACUUGAAAUAUCAUCAGUAGCACAUGUAGGAAGUACACGAGUACUUUUCCAAGAAUUGCACUGUGAUAUGGUGGAAUUCUCAUAGUAUUGAAAAUAGAAGGGCAAAGAAACUACCAAAAAAUCUCCAGAAAACUUUUUUUUUUACAACUAAGUCGGAAUAUGAAGAGAAUUAUAUUAAUUAUAAUUGUGAUAUUAUGGAAUGGGCAUGGUUGAUGCCAGUAAAUAUUUGUUUCAUUUUUUUUAACGACACAAACUUUUCUUUGUUGGAAGUUUGUUAUUUGCCUUCUUCAGUUUGCUGAAAGAUAAAUUUCCCUGUGUUACUGCCUCAGUGUGUUAUCGCCCAAGAGAAAAGCUCAUGGUAUGCAGUCCAGCCAACAGAGUUCCCGUGACCUCAAGCCUCCUGAACUACUUCUGCUGCCUGGAAUAGAUUGAAUGGAAAACUGAUACUUGUUAUCCCUGCCUUCAGGGAUAGGCAAGUUGUUUUACUGAGCCAAAAUACUAGUUUUUAAAAAAUAUUUGUUCCUUUUUGAUAUACAAAUGAUGCUAAAAUUUUCAUGUGUGUUAUGUAAAGGCACUUUGAAGAAAGGUCCAUUUUUAAAUUCAAUAAAGGCACUACAUAGUUUUUUCAUA